AUGGUCUCAGUUUUUGGGGAUGUCACUCCGUAUCUGGUGGUGAUUGUGACGGUGGCUACACUCGGCCCACUCCAAUUUGGUUACCAUUUGGCCGAACUUAACGCACCGCAAGAUGUCCUGACAUGCCAGACGAAGUCGGUGUCGGGAACCGAGAAACCUCCGACCGGCACCUCGGACUGUAUUCCCAUGACCCCGGCCUCCUUCGCAGCGAUCUCGGCCAUAUUCACGGUGGGAGGGCUUCUUGGGGCACUCGGCGCUGGCCCACUUACAUCCCGCCGCGGCCGUCGCAUCACGAUGCAGGCAACCGCGCUGUUCUAUCUCGUCGGGUCCAUAAUUGAGACUUACGCCCACUCGGUCCCGGUUAUGAUUCUUGCCCGAUUCUUAACUGGAAUUGGCGCAGGGGCCAGUACGGUUGUCGUUCCGUUAUACAUCAGCGAGGUGGCGCCGCCGACUAAACGCGGCUUCUUCGGCGCCUUCACACAAAUUAGCAUCAAUGUCGGCAUCCUCUUUACGCAGACCCUGGGCUUCUUCAUGAGCCACGACAGCGCAUGGCGGUGGAUUUUCGGCACCGGCGUUAUCGUGGCCGCAGCUCAAGCUGUUGGGUUGUGGCUUGUUCCUGAGAGUCCAUCCUGGACGGCGAACAUACAGGGCAGCGUGGCACGGGCUCGCCGCGACUUGCAACGUAUUCGAGGCCGUGAUGGUGAUAUCGAAGAGGAAGUGGAGACCUGGGAUGUUGACGGCGGUAAACCCCCAAGUGAACAAGAACGGCUGCUCAGUGCUGAGGACAUCGAGCCAGCCAACCCAGACGCUAGUUUGCUCUCGCCCGCAUCCCCCGGUUCGCGGGUCCCCAAAGAACACCUGGGAUUUGUCCAAGUUGUUCGUGACCCCGAGUACCGACCCGCUAUCAUUGCCGUGGUGGGUAUCAUGUUUGCGCAGCAGCUCUGUGGCAUCAACUCUAUUAUCAUGUAUUCGGUAUCGCUGCUCAACGGCCUACUCCCCGUGAGCUCGGCGAUCGUGACCAUCAUUAUCUCAGUCAUCAACCUUGCAACCACCAUCGCGGCAUCACCGCUCCCGGACCGGCUCGGCCGCAAGGCCUGCCUGCUUGGGUCCAUUAUCGGCCAAGGGACCAGCUCCUUGGUGCUUGCCCUGGCGAUCAGGUUUGGCCUCAAAAUUAUCUCGGCUGUUGCAGUUCUUCUGUUUGUUGCCUCUUUCGCUCUUGGCCUCGGUCCCGUACCGUUCAUCAUGGCUUCGGAGCUUGUCGGACCCGAAGCCGUCGGAGCUACGCAGUCCUGGGCACUUGGGGCGAGCUACGUCGCUACCUUCCUCGUAGCCUAUCUCUUUCCGAUUAUCAACCAAUCGCUGAACAAUGCGCUGGGCGGCGCGGGAUGGGUGUACUUUAUUUUUGCCGGCUUUGCGCUCGUUUGGGUGGCCUUUGUGUGGAAGAAUGUACCUGAGACCAAGGGAAAGCGGGACGCCGAUGAGGUUUGGGGGCGAACACGACGCACCGACUGA